AUGUCUCGUCGUUUGUCUCGGUCCGACAAGGAUAAAUGGGUAGCUGUUACCCCUCCUCCGACUAAACGCCUCCCGCUACGUAUCCCAGCCAGUGAUAAUACUGACCUCAUCGCCGCCAAUAAGCUAACCAUUAUUGGCAGAGUUACAAACCCAUCGAUACAAAACACAAGAGCUAUCCUUAACUUCCUCCCCCAAGUAUGGGGCUUGGAGGGUAGAGUUGAAGGAAGAGACCUAGGUCCCGAAAAAUUUCAGAUCCGCUUUCGCACUGAAAGUGAUAUGGAAGUAAUCCUCAGUAAGAACCCCUACAACUAUAAAAAAUGGAUGCUCUUGAUGCAAAAAUGGGAACCCACUGUCUCUGAGACGUUUCCCAGCUCGAUAUCCUUUUGGAUAAGGAUUCAUGGCAUUCCUCUUCACUUCUGUAACGAAGCUACUGUCACAACCAUUGGCGAGGAGCUUGGGCUCUUAGCCGAUAAGGUGGUAGAAGAAGCUAAAGUUAGAGUUGAGCUUAACGGUUUUCUCCCGCUGGUGAUGAAUAUGGAGAUUCAACUACCCUCUGAUGAAAUCAUCACAGUGGAGUUUGAGUAUAUUAAAAUCGAGAAGCACUGCUUCACCUGCUUCUCACUCUUCCAUGAAGAUGAAACAUGCCCAGUCAAACCCCGUAAUUCUCUCCCUGUUAAGGACAGGAAGCUAGGCAUUAUUCAAAGGAUUGCCCUGCAACGGAUAGAAGCUGACAAACGUCGUCAUGAUGACCGUCGAGGUUAUCGUCGUUCGAACCAAUUGCCACCUCCUACAGGCAACGUUAGAGACGACCACAGGCAGCGGAACACUCAUUACUCUGAUCAUAGAGCAUCUUCAAGAACCACUCAGGACGCUGCCUCCUCGAGACACCGAGAACCUCACUACCAUGGUUCAUCCUUUCAUCGCUCGCCUCCAAGAGAGAGCAGAAGAUCUAUUCGAGAGGACUCUAGGGUCUUAUCUAGUGGAGUCAAGGUUCAAAACCAGGAUGUUCCUAUUGACCCUUUAUCAAAUCCAAUUGGGCCUUCUCGCUCAUUGUCAUCUCAUACCCCUUCCCCACGUAACCUCCGAGAACGACUUGACUUUCCUCCAGAGGCAGGGGGUUCAGGGGGCGUCUCUCUUGCUAACUCUAGUGAAAGAAGAUCUGUUCUGGCACGUAUUGGUAGAUCAAGCCCAGGUAACGCCCCUCCUACCCGUGGGCCUGCUAGUUUUGACUCGGCGAGACUCCAAGAGGUGGAGAUUAUGUACGAUGGGUCUGCAGGAUAG